UUUAGGCAAGUCUGGGAAGGUGGGGACUUCGGGAUAACUUCCAUAGCUAGCUAGCUAGCCAGUAAUUUUCAUUAAAAACUGUCACACCUCGCGUACGCCUUUGAUGCUGCCAUAGAGGCGAAGACACAUGGCUCUAUGUUGCGAUUAGUUAGCUAAGUGGUAACGGUAGUUCACGACGAGAAAUCAUCCCUUAAAAUCACACAAGACUGAGCGUACAAGUAGAUAGCUCGCUAUCUUGGAAGCUACAUUGGGGAUAGCUAGCUGGCUAGCUAACAAACAUCAGAAAGCAAGAAGGUCCUGCACUGAAGGACAGUAUGGUUGAAGUUGUUGUGGAGUAUGACUACCAAGCGCUCCACGACGACGAGCUCACGUUACGGCUGGGAGACGUGAUCAAGAACGUGAGGCGGAUCGAGGAGGAGGGAUGGAUGGAAGGGGACCUCAACGGCAAGAGGGGCCUCUUCCCGGACAACUUCGUAAAGGAGAUAAAGAAGGAGUCCAAAGAGGAGGUGAAAGAGGAGUCCCAGCCACUGCGGCGGGAGAGGACCUCGGGGAACGUGGCCAGCCUCGUCCAGCGAAUGAGCACCUACGGCAUCCCCGCAGGGGGCUUCCAGCCCCCGUCCCAGCCCAGGUCGUUCAAAAAGAAAUCAAAAAAGCGGCAAUGCAAAGUUCUCUUUGAGUACCUCCCCCAGAAUGAGGAUGAGCUGGAACUCAAGGUGGGGGAUGUCAUUGACAUUAAAGAAGAGGUGGAGGAGGGCUGGUGGAGCGGAACGAUGAACGGGAAAUCAGGGUUGUUUCCGUCAAACUUCGUCAAGGAAUUGGACGGAAGUGAAGAUGACGAACCCAACGAUAACACAGACGAAACGGAGAGCACUGGCAAAGACAGCUUGGCAGCCGUCCCCACCACUCCUACCUCUCCAGGGACCGGCAACGGAGUUAUAGCACAGCCAAAAAAAAUCAGGGGUGUUGGCUUCGGGGACAUAUUCAGGGAAGGGUCUGUCAAGUUGAAGGUUCGACUCCCCAGCUCUGAGGCAGAGGAGAAGAAAAUUGAUAAACCAAUUCCAUCAUUGCCAUCCGCUGCAAAGCCUGCCCAUUUGAACAUGACAGACUCAGAUAAAGUAGAUGGAGAAAACAAAACGAAAGUAAAAGAAUACUGCAAGGUCAUAUUCCCCUUCGACGCAACAAAUGAAGAUGAGCUGAGUCUGAAAGAGGGUGAUGUCAUACAGGUAUUGAGUAAGGACACGGGGGAACCGGGCUGGUGGAGAGGGGACAUUAAUGGCAAAGACGGCAUCUUUCCUGACAACUUUGUGGCCAUGAUAUCAGAGGCAGACAAAGAGACACUAACCUCAAGAGGCUCAGUAAAAUCAUCUUCCAAACAGGACUCUGAAGAGAAACCAAAAAAGCCGCCGCCACCUUCAAAAAGCUUAGCGCCGAAGCCAGAGGUCCCAAGUGCUGAUAAGAAGCCUCGGACCGAGGACAGAGGUGACAAGCCAGUGCCAGACCUCAAACCCACAAAACCCGCUGCUCCCAUAGUCCCCCCGAAGAAGCCUGUUCCGCUUCCAGGCAAGGGGAGCGUCCUGCUCAGGCCUGGAGCUGUCCCACCAAAACGGCCAGACAAACCGAACACACCAUCUCCAGCAGCCAACAGGUCCAAUGGAGAGGUGUCCUCCAUCCGACCAAAGUCAGACGUCGAACCAAUGUUACCCAGCAAACCAAAAACCCUGUCUGGUGACUGGGGGGAGAAAGCAGGUGACAUUGAUCUCAUGAGCUUUGAUGAGCUCUCCUCUACCUCAGAAAAACUGUCUCACCCAACCACAAGCAGACCAAAGAUGCCUGGAAGGAGACUGCCGGGCCAGUUUGCCGCAGGCCAAUCUCCUGUUAAGGAGGCUAGUGUUGAAAAAAAUCAGAAGGCGGAGGUAGAAGACAUUCCCAAGCCAAAGUUAACAGACAUAAAAAAGCCAUCCCUGGUGAGUCACUCGUCAUCCCCUGUCCCCAAACCCGGUGUCACCAGCGGACCCGCGUCUGAUCCGAAACCCAAAGCAGAUGGGGAAGAGGAGAAGCUGUCGGAACUGGAGGAACUCAGGGCUCAGAUGAAAGAGCUGCUACUUUCUGUAGAAUUACUCAAGACGCAACAAAUGAGAGAAAUCGCAGACCUGAGAAGUGAGUUGGAUGAAGAACGGUUGAAAAGAGUUGCCUUGCAGAUGGAGAUAGAGAAAUUAAAGAGGACGGUUCAGUCGACGUGAGGUCUGACAUCACCCGACAACUGUUGGAACGAUCUGCUGUCACCUUGUCCCGUGUUUAUCGCUACACAAAGCUGGGAUGAAAGUCUGAUUUGUGUAAUCCUUUUAGUAAUCAUUGAUCUAUUCCACAUUUUGUUAGAUUUACAUUUUUGCACAUAUGGUUUUUCUAGCUAUAGAAAGGUGUAAUUAAAUACAGAUGUAUAUGUUCUUUUUGUUUUGUUUUUUUUUUUUUUUUGUUCUUGCCAACACAAAUAAUUGAGGCCUUAUUUGCUACUGUGCUGGACUGGCAGUCCUCAUUCAUUGAAGAAUGUUUGAGGGUUGCUUUCAAUACUACUGAAUGGGUAUAAAGGGAUAGGGGAGACUUUUUCAUUUUAUGACAUGCAGGUAGAUGAUUUUAAAAAAUGCAUUUAUUCUAUAACUGCAGUUAGAACUAUCCAUAUUAGCCUCUUCAAAUUAUAUUAAUGCGAUAAUAUGCCCUUUGCUAUAGCAGUGAUGUACUCAAAUGCUAUGUCAAAAGGGAGAUAUGCUUUUGUUUUCUAACAUUCCUGUCCAGGGUAACACUAUUGUGCCUGUUUAAGUUCUACAAAUGUUAAUAUUGGGAGCUUAUAUAUCAAAACGUUUAGAGUCACGGCAUGAUAUAUUUUUACAGUCUACUGUUGUGCUUCUUUGUAGGAAAACGAAUCCUUUUUCCUUUAAUUGCAGUUGUAUGAAAUGGUUCUUUCAGAAUGCAGAAUUGAAAUGGUAUUGUAUAUUAUCUACAUUCAUAUAUUCAAUAUAAUACAAUAUAGCAAACACCCCUACUUGAACUAAAAUGGUUUAUGAAAUAAACCUGUAUAUUUGAGACCCACAGGAGCUCAAGCAUAGCUUCCUUAAAAAGUGGUUUAACCCUCGCAAUUACAGUACAACGUUUGCCAAAAGUCCCCUGGCUUAUCGUUCUGAAUGGAGUUGAGGAAUCUCUUAACUUGAGAGUCGUUGCUUAAAACUUGCCCAGCAAUGUGCUCCUGGUGUAGUGCCUGGCAUUGAUUGAAUGCAUUUGGGUCAAGAAAUGGUCUUAAUAUUUGGACAAAGUGCAAAAAGUUUAAAGGUUUUUUUAAGUACUAGAUAACUACAAAACAGUUUUUCACCUUGCGUUAACAUGGUUGAACAGGGAGAUGUAAGGUGGUGGUGAGUGGAUGAUGUUCAAAAAUUAUUGUAGUGGUGAAAACUACUACCAAGGAAAUGUACUGUAAACUAUGCACAGCCCUUCUAUCAUUUGACGUUACUGUAACUGUGUUAAAUGUCAUAGAAAAAUGUUGGGGACACACUGCCUGAGGAGGAAGCCUUACAGGUGUGAUGUAAGAGAAAAGGAAUGUACUUGAAAUGGUGUCAAGUGUAAGACGUUUUGUACAGUAGGCUUGAUUAGUGGCAUGAACAGUUUGGUCCAUAUUAAAUCCAACCACUGUGAUGCAGUGUCCUUAAUUUUGCAUUAUAAGUUUAAGCAAGAAUUACAGAAUUACAUUAUUUCUGAUUCUGCAACAAUGUUAUGGUGAAAGUGAUGAACAGCUCUUGCUUAAGUUUUGUUACUCAAACUUAAGGACAAAGCAUCGUAGAGGUCAGAUUGUAUCUCAGUCUUGGUCUUCUUGGUAAACUGAUACACUUUUGUGGUUAAAUACAAGUACAGACAUUCUAUGUCCCCAUUAAAGGCAUUUAUAUGCAAGUCACUGUUCGUAAUGAUUUUUCUUGCCUUCCAUAAUCACAGUGAUUUCAGCCUCAGUUGAAAAUCCCAUUACAAUUCCAAAUAUUUUGGAUUCCUGCAUUUUUGUGUUUUUGGAUUUUACAGCCUAUUCCAGCAUCUCAGAUGUUUAAUAGUUUACUGAUUCCUUUAUAUUUCUGAAAUGUAAAUGAAUUCUGGCAAACAUGUUAUGUACUUCCAGGAAGUUCAGUGCUCUUCUUCGCACAGAUACACUGAAAAGUGUACUUCUUAUCAGGAACGGAAUUUAAUCCACAAUAAAUGUGCAAAGUGUUCCUGAUCAGGGACCAUGUAUGUAUAUUUGAGGGUGGCUUCUUUGUGUGGUGUACCUUCCAUUGUUCUCUCUUCAACAGAUGACAUGUUUCAAUCCCUGAAGCAAUAAACAAGUUAGCUGUUAGCUUGGUAUUUCCCUGUCUCGGUGAUAUGUUGCUGUGUUCAGAUUUUCAUAAGGAUGCUGAUGUAUAAACAUACAAUGACAUGUUCAGCUGAGAGAAAAAUGUGACUGUUUUGGGUGACCUUUGGCUGAUCACAUUCCAUUUUAUAAACCAAGUAAAAAUAUCUACACUUCACACAUUUAACAUC